GUUGAACCAGAAAAAGGGCUCGUGGCUGUGUGAAAGCAUGAGGAUCAAGCCACCGCCACGUUGAAAACUGGCGCUAGUCCCAAAUAGCGGCGUCGAUCUCCCGCGGUUCAAUUGCCAAAUUCGGUCAUCAUAGGCAGAAGUAGAUAAACUUUUCGCUCAAUCCUGCAGACCGCCCACGAAAUUAUUUCGAUAGUGGAUGACAAUCCCCCUGAACCUGUUCCUCUAACCACGGACCACCCCUGAGGAAGAGAGCUCGAAAGACAAAAGAGAGAAGAAGCGAAAACCAGACAGGCAUGUUAUAGCCGUCCAAAGAUCACCAGCAAAGAUGAACACGACGGAACGGUCGCCACUCUUCGUCGUCGAAGAGGUCCUUUGUACCUAUCCCAUUAGCACGAGCUAUGACUCGUGUCCACGAUAUCUCUUCUACGCUUUGCUCCUGGCAGUAUGUGUUACACGCUGGACUGGCUGGCUGGCAGAUGUUUUUCUCGGUGCCGCAGCUACAUACGCCGGGACAGCUGCGAUUCAAGCGUUCAUCUUGGUCUCUAGCUCCACAAAACAUCGCACCCCACAAGCAGUCUCUAUCCCCCGGGUUCCUCAUAAUACCAGCCUAUGGGAUGACUUUCCAGCCCUGGUCACUGAUACCAACGAAAUUGAGAUCAGUCCCGCAGCUAUAGAACUCGACGCAGACGCGGUACUUUCUAUUGUGGUGACUGCGUAUCUCGUGUUCUUACCGCUCCAAUGUUGGUCGCGCGUAUACGCUAAAGAACGGAUAAGCUCUAUUAUAUUCACGCUCUGGAACGUUCUUAUGUUCGCGGGAUCAAUAUGCUCCCUGGUCUACUGGCCCAGGCUGAAGAAGACCCCAAUUCAAUACGCCUUCUGUCUGCCACAGCUGCCUCCGAUAUCACCCGUAUCAAGUGAUGGAUGGGAGUCAUGGCAGCUCACAUCGACUUGGAAUAGCAGUGUAUGGGACAUCUUCAGCAAUGACACGUUGCUACUUCAGCUAAAUGAUGUCUGUUUCUAUCCGUGUUUCAACACCACGCAGGUACUACGCCAGCAAACUUCGCUACAGGCGACUGUAGCAUCGGGAGAAAAUCGAUUCACGAAGCGCCAUAAAUUCUGGGGCAAGGUUAUCUACUCUCAGCGAUACAUUUACAGUCUGGUCGCACUCAGCAUGAUACUGAAUGUCCUGUUGAUGAUGAUCAGGGUGUUACCAUACCAUUCUCGGGUCCCUUCAUCGCGAGUAUGGGAGAUCUGGAAUGAGAGAAAGAACAUUAUUAGAGGCUUGAAAGAAGACUUUCACGCGGCGGUUGAUACAUCAAGAGACCAUCGUCAAAGUAUGGUGGAGAAGCCGCGAACGAAAUUACCACUAUGGAAACGCGCAUCGCGAUUUUUCACUCUACGGGUAAUGGGCUUGUGGGCAAAGUUGACCUUUGAUGUCAUCAUUAUCUUUGCCAUCGUAUUCAGCAUUGUUGUCAGUCCACUCACCGUUAUUGCGUUCGUGGCUUGGAUUGAAUACUACAUCCAUCACGAUGGGCCGUCCCAAGAAACACCACAACAGGUUGGCCAGUGGUCGCCUCUAGUGUCCAUUGCGCUAUUGUGUAUCUCUGCUGCGAUCUACAAUUUGAAGUACUGGGUGGCCCCCCGCCAUGAGAUUGAGCAUGAUAUCAAAGAGCUGAAAAAGAAAAUCGAACGUUUGGAGAAUUUGAGAGAUGAGAAGUACAACACGCGAGAGUUCCAUUCUCUUCAUUCUCUUCGAGAUCGCUUUAGUACGGAGGGACAACAUUACGACUCUAGUCAGGUAGAAUAGAAAUCAGCUUAACGAUCUUUGCUUUUCAGAUAAUAUAUCC